UGCUGCGGAGGCUUUCUGCUAAUAGCUACCCGAAGGAUUCUCGGGGAUUUAUGUGUUAGGAUACACUCUUCGUGCUUUGUGUACAUUGCCUCAUUUAUUCGUUUGGAAAUGAUAAUGUGGAGAUUUAGGAAAAAGUUGGUCGGGAUUGUCUGUGAAGAGUAGAGAAGAAGAGACUGCUGCCAUGGAAUGGCACAACACGCGGCGGAGUAUACCCUAUUCGGGCAUACGGGGGCCGAGAAGAAACUUCUUGAAACCCAAACCACAAAGAUUGAGAUGGGGCCCGUCUAAAGUCUUUGUGGUGGCAAGAUGUGAACCGAAAUCAAUGGAGUUAAUGAAAAUAGCGGACAACAUCAAUAACAGAAAUGCCAGGAAAGCAAAACUGCAGCAACUCCGACAAAAGGAACCUGAACAGGUAACGAAAAUAGAAAGUCUCAGACGCCGGAUACUUCGAUUCCUCAACAGCCACCAUGUCUUGAUAAUAAUCUGUGUCCUGGUAGUCCUGGACGCCGCAAUGGUUAUAGGGCAGCUCAUGAUAGACCUUUACAUCAUAAGAGAAAAAUUUGCUAAAGCCGAAGAUUCCCUUUUCCAUCUUGUCGGUAUACUGCGUAAGGACUACCCAUCUAUAGACAGCUUUCAAGUUAACACUAUCGAAGACCUACUUCACGCUAUCGAACACGGACAGCAACAACACAUAAGGCUCACGCAUGACAAGCAAAUCGCGCGAGAGGCACCAGUGAACGAGAAUCACGCGCCAUCAAGUGAGAAUUUAUUGAGUGAAUCUGGAUUACCGCGACAGAUGUGGAAUUACAAACGAAAACGGGACACAUCUCAUCGGAAUAGAAGAAAACGAAAACGAGGGGAAAGUAGAAUUAGGGAGACGUUUGAUGACGUCACUGGUGCGCCCAUUUUUUCAACGUCCGGGGAGGGGAGGUCUCAAAGUUCACGGAAUACUUUACCGACUGGUUCUGAUUCAGCUACGCCGAGGAUAAAUGCAAGGGUAACCACCCCUAUUGGAGCUACUUCGAACCAUCGGACUACCUCCCUUCCUCACACUGCCGCUGUGAUAAGUCAUGAAACAAAUCCACCGAGAGGUGGUGCUGUAAACGAAGAUGGUGGCAAUUCUCGGGAUAAUGGCGGCCAUGGUGUCCGUCUCACAGGUUAUACUGUGCCUAAUGUAUCUAUGUAUAGUGAUAACGAACCCAAUCAAACGGAUUACUCCGAUUCGAAACUUGGGAAUAAGACAACUUGUGAUUGUGUGUUUGAUGGUAAUUCUACUGAUAAGUGUGUCUGUGAUCAUCAUGACCAUCUAAUGAUGGAAAUAGCCCACUCCUUUCAUCUUGCAAGCUUAUGUAUAUUGACGCUGAUGACGUUAGAGAAAUUUAUGAAAGGAUUGUGCGUGGGAGAGGUCUUCUUGAAGAAAAAAAUGGAGAUCUUUGAUUCCUUCGUGGUGGUAUCAUCUCUCAUUCUGGACAUCGUCUUUCUACAAGGCAUAUGGUCUACAGCCGAGAAGGAUGCUGCCUUAUUUCUGGUGUGUCUUUUACCUUGGAGGGUCAUACGUAUAGUAAACUGCUUUGUGAUGACAAUGAAGCAACGCCACUAUAUACGGAUGCAACUACAGAAGCACGCCAGACGGAAAGCUCAGAAAAAAGUCAAACUCUUCAAGAAGCACUUAGAGAGAUUGAAGCGCCAGAUAAAGUCGCUGAAAGGUCUGUGCAGAAAACAUGGGGCUGAGGAAAGAGAGAUUAAUGCAUGUGCAUUUGUAUUUACUGAAUCCCGCCGUCGCAAAUCUAGUCUUCCGGUGAACGCCAUGUCAACAAUGGCAUCCUUGGCUCUAAUUGGUGUGAUAGGCAACGAUCCACACAUGCCGCGACAAGAAGCAGAUAUCGAGGAUGUUGACUUGGACACUUUGGAUGAAAGGGACGAGGAUGAGCUGGACGAAUUGGCAGAGGUUGAAAAUGAACUAAUGCCGGGCAUAGAAGAAGAACCAGCGUACACGAACCACAAUAACCACAGUGUUCACAUGAAUGGAAACUGCCACAGGGACAGGAAGGUCUCCACGGUGUCUGGUACAGACAGCAUCGAGAUCAGCUGUGGGUCCGUCAGCUUUGAUGACAGUGGUAGUCCUACAUUGGAGAGGAGAAAUUCGAACGACAGCAUUGUGGACAUCGACCUUGGCGCAAUCAGUGAUGAGAGUUAUGCAGAGACUGGUGAGAGCGAUGGUGACAAUCGCAAAGAUGACAAGAUAUUGAAAUCUCGGAGAUUCUCUACGACAGAUUUCCUUUAUAGUAGCAAGAAGAGCUUUAAGAAACGCAACAAGAAAGGAAAAUGAAGGAAGCCAUAAAGCUGACGUGAUUAAAGUUACAGAUGCAGGAAUAUAAAAGAAAGGGCCCAGGUGGAUUCUGCUGGUUGUUUCGAUUACAGGAAUGUGAUAUUUAUUUUGUACACGACCGAUUGUUAAUGGUUUGAAUUCCUGAUUUUAAUGUUAAGCAGGCUGAUUUGUUCAGAAGAUUAAGGUUAUCGCUUGUUUUGGUUGUAACUAAAGAUGACAUGCGUGAAGUGAAUCAUUUUGUGAUUAGCACGUGGCCUAAGAGGUACUAGUAAAGCCCCAAUUUGACUUUGGAAGAUAAAAGAAGUGCUGUAUUACUGACAGCCAUGUGUGUAUGUUGGCAAACACGUUAUGUACCUGUGAAGCAUUGAGCCAUCUCUUUCGUUGGUUGGUUCAUUUUGGCCGUUUGUUUGAGUUAGGCUAUCACGACAUUAGUAGAAUGAUGUAAAAAAAGAUGUUGACAAAACGUUGACAAACGUUCAUCAAGGAGUACUUGAUAUCAUAUUUGUAGAUAUUUUUCUUUCUCUAAGAACAUUCUGCAUGUACAUACAUAGACUUAACAGCAUUUCAUUCUUUUUGAGAUUUUAUCUAGUUUCCAUUACGCUUUUUGAUCACUUUUUUACCAGCACAAUAAUUUUGAAACAAAAUAAAAUUACUAGUUUCUCCUCGUUUCCUUUAAUAGAUCUUUCUCGAUGGUAAUUUCAGAAGUUUAACACAAGUACAUCGUGUAUAGUAUUUAAUAUAGCACAUAAACAAUAGUAAGUUAUUAUUAAGUGGUUGGAUCAGACAGAGAAACAGAAACAUCUUGAUGUAGGGCUGUAUUAUGCUCAAAUAGGACACUAUAGUCGGCCUCUCUUAUCAAACGUAAUUCUGUCUCGUACAAUUCAUGUAGAAUUGCUUUCCGAACCUCACUCUUUUCCCUUUUUUUUCUUUAGACGAGGUGAUUUAUAAACAAUACGGACUCUCAUGAUACGGAGGGCCAUUGAUAUAAACAUCUGAAAGCACACUGUAGUUAUCGCACUGUUAAACUUGACAUUCGUUUAUAAAAACAAUCUCAAAACUCAUUUAGUACAUAGUACCUGAUAAAGGUGGUGUUGUUGGUAAAAUAAUGUAGGUACUAAUAAUUUCUAUGCAUUCUCACCUUGCAUUGAUAUGUUGUAAAACACGUUGAGAGUCACUGGCACUUUGAUCUACCCCUGCAAGCUGAACAUUGCUAAGGUGAAGCUUUGCGAGGAGACCAUCGCUAGGUGUUUGAUAUGUAUCUUAUACUUGAUGGCUGGCUGCAGUAUAAAAACAGUUGACUGUAUUAUCGAACUGAAUAAAACAGGCAAAGUAUUUUGCAAGGCUUGACCAAUGUGAAAUUGAAAAUGUUUCAAAGAAAAAUAUGGCAGUAUUCUGUAGCUGAUGAUAUGAAUUAACGCGUGUUUCACUAAUGAUGAAUAUCUCGUUGCUUUACUGGAGAUUUCAGAAUUACACCAGGGCUAUUAUGACGUAACAAAGCGCUCAAGGGGGGGGGGGGAGUAGCCAAAUGGUUUGCUAAACUAAAUUUACUUGCUUUGUUGUAUGUAAUACUGAUAUUCUGUAGAAGGUACUUGCAGGGGUAGAACAUGCACAAGUGCAUUAACCGAGUGAUUGACUAUAGGCUGGUUUCGCAACCCUUACGAAGAACUCUGAACGAUUGAGUCCGAGAUGCCUAUACUAUUACAUAUAUGUAUCUUAUCCGCAACGCUUUAGGCUUCCCAAAUGCCUACUACUACUAAGUAUGAAGCCGAUUCAUGUGUGUUGCGUAACUGAAAUCGGGUAGGACUUGAUGCGACCACCGACUUUUGUUUUUCGUCGCUUGUAAGGGAUGUGAAACCUUUCUAAUUACACUUUUGAUAUCCUGCCCACCGGAUAUAUCGCAGAUUAUAAACCAUAGGCCUAUGCAGGAAUAAUACUCGUCUGUAUAUAAUGAUAAUAUAAUGUAAAUUGAAUCUCAGUGUUUUUCUCAUGUGAAUAGUUAAAUUACAAAUACGUAAUGUAAAUACUGUGUUGAAUAUCAUCGAUGUAUAUAAGUGAACGUGAAACGUGAAAGCUGAGAGCACACCGAGGUUAAUGCCUAAGAGUUCAUAGCGCAUGUGACUAAAAAAUCCUUAAUAUUUGAUUCAUCAAAACAAAUGAACCCUUUGUUUUGUUGGUGUUGCUACGACCUUAUACUUAUAGACAACACGUGCCACAAAUUAAAAACUUCGUUUUUCUAUGAAAAGAUGGAGAAGAGACACGAUCUUGCAGACAUUUGUUCUCUGUGCUCCCAGCUUCAGAAGUGUAAAGGGUGGGUGUGUUAACGGGACUGGCCAUACUUUAGUGGUCAUGACGGGGCAUUAAUCUAAGUCUGGCGUGAAAUAUUACCAGUGCAUAAUUUGACACGACAGGAAGAACCGUCUCAAUCUUCCACGGCAAAAGCCAAAAAUGUCAUGGAAAUGGUGAGAAUUUCGCAGAUCUUUGUGUGGUAGCCCAUGGAUCAGAUUGGCCUGGGGUGAUGUUUAUUCAUCAAUCUGGCUAGACUAGCUCCUUAAAUAAAUGCCAGUGGUGGAAGAAAUAGAAACCAGAAGAAGAACCUGAGUAAGAUGAAUCAUGGAGGUAUCAUCAUUAUUGAUAAUACCUCCAUGGAUAAAUCGUCCCAACGUGGAGCUCAUGACAAGUCCUUCAACAGCUUUGGACGCAAAUAUCACCACAAAGGGUACAUUUUUAGGUGUACAAGCAUAUACUUUGCUUUGAUGAUUGUUCAUGUAGUUAACGCUGACAUGAUUCAGAGACCUGCGUCAGUUAUUAAGCUAGAAAAUUAAUACCUGUAGUAUUUCGCGCCAGCUUGGUUUGGGAGGAGGAUAUUACCAUCGACCACCGCUGGCGAUUGCCGGGAUGAGAGAUUCUAACCUGUUGACUAGCAAAUUGUACAGACAUGUUAUUGUUAUGCUUGAUCCCAAAUAUCUAUGUUGUAUAAUAUAACCCUGUCCUCCUAAAUCUAACUUUGUAAAUACAAUCUGUAAAUUGUUUUUACUAAAAUGUGUUGUGCAGCUUAACUAUUUCGAUGUUGGUGCAAAUUCCAUUUUUUAGGUUUUUUUCUGUUAAGUGGAAUUCUUAUUUGGUUUCAUGAUUGUUCGGUUCCACAAAGCUUGGUUAUCUGUAUUAUGACGUAUUUAGUUCAUAUCGUGCAGUUAUCGAGUAGUUUGCUGUUUGUAACUUUGAAAACCGUUUUCGAUUCUCGUUAAAGUUGUUGGUAUCAAAUUGUUAUUUUGUGUCUCUUGCGCAAAAUUGUUAACAUGCAUGAAUUUAGCGGAGGGGGGGGGGGGGCUUGAACGGACUUCAUCUUAGAACUUCAUAUGUCUUGGAGGGUGUUAAUAAACUUCUUCUUUUUUUCUAUUUUGCACAAUCUUUAACACAAUGCUAUACAAUUUGUUGCGGUUCUUGGAUGAACCAAACAUUGUUAAACUUGGAUGGCGAAAUUUCUUAAACAGCAAGCACAUGGCUACUUCAUCUAUACUAAUAGUUCGGGAACAACCGUCUUAUUCACAGAGGAUGAAGUAACUAAUUGAAGUAGGAAUUUAGUCGAAAUGUUAAUUUAAGUGUCAGUUGGCCUGGUGAAUAUUUUAGAUAUAUUUGGUUGCCGAGUAAUAAUUCUGUAGUCCAUAUGUAGUCCUGAUGUUAUGAUAGUUUUUGCAAUUGAUAUAACGGUGUGUUUCCCAGGUUUCCUCUUUCUACGACAGCUGUACCUACCCAGAUCCUUGGUAAAUAUCCAUAGCAUUCUUAAAUAUUCUUAGUGCAGUUUUUACGUGUCAACACAGCUGUUUGUACGAAUGUAAUUUUGGCUAUGUUGAGCGAUAUCCUCCUGAAAUGUAACAAAUAAUGAGAUAAACCGCUUUUUUACGCAGUUAUUUGAUCUGAAAAUCGCUGUUAGAGGCACGGUCUCAAAAUGAUCACGACGACUCCACUAUGUACCACAGUGUAACGCCUACUCACUGGAUUUUUCAAUAGCACGACGCCAUGACAGCGAAGCCAGCCUGUUCUGCACUCAUCAUCAACAAGGGUAGUGGCUUUUGGCAAAAAGCACGUUGCGACUGCAGCGCCCAUGUGACAAAGGUUGACAUUGAGUGGCAUCAUUCUAAAUCCACGAACACCUGCGCCCUAACCCAACAAAAUGUUAUGGGGUAUUCGUGUAGAGAACGAUACGUUUAGCUUAGUUGAACACCAUGAGUCCAUUUGAAAGUGCAUCAGAUCUGAGAAUGACAUUCGCAAUGUGACACCCAAAAGAAGAAGAUGUCAUCUUGCUUAUGAAUUUGAUACCCAGCUGUUGAAGUGUCCAGUGUGUAGACGAUGUAAAUAUUCGGUGUUAUAAAUAAAGACUAGCAUAAUGCUUUCAGUGUACACUUCAAUUUUGUACAAAAAGGCUUCUUGUAAAUGUACCUGGAGUUUCAGAUUAAGGAAUUGAAGUCUUUAUUCAUAUCACCCAAUGCCUUUGAAGAUCUUUACUGUCACGAAAUUCUCUUUAUACAUUUACUUCAUGAGUCAAGUGUUAAUAGCAAUGGUCUGCUGAAAUUUUGAAGAAAGAAGACACUUUCUUCAACAUAGUUUUUAAAAGGUGUUAUUUUCACAAAAUUCUUUGGAAAUUCGCUUGAGUGUUAAUUGCAAUUUUUGGAAACUGUAGUUUUAUUGGAGUUUUAAAGAAUAAAGAUCAUAUGACUACGUCACCACGUAGUGGCGUGGUGAGUAUUGUUUUUA